UGCGCGACCACUCACUUGCAGGUCAGUUUCCGCAAUGUCUGAUCCUAAACUUAUUAGAGAGUUGGUAGAAGAGCUGCACGCUAUGAAGCCAAAAUGGAGGACUAUUGGGACACAGUUGGAGAUUUGCCAGUCAAAGUUGGAUUGUAUUAGUCAGAAGUACAAGGAUGACUCAGAGCAAGCCUUUACUGAAAUGAUGAAUGAGUGGUUGACACAAAUUGGCAAUGAAAAAUCUUUAUGGUCAGUUAUUGUCAAGGUUCUUCUCUCCCGUAGUGUGGGUGCAAGGACACUUGCUCUGAAUCUGGCACGAAGAAAGUCUGUUCCUAUCACAGACAUGCCCAGUUCAGAUGAUGACCCAGAGGCAUCAAUGGAGCUGGAAAUGCUUGAAGAUUACAAUGCUAAAAAAGUUCCAGCAGAAGUUCAGAAAGAGAUGAAGCGAAUGGCUAAACUCUUUAAUUCACUUAGAAUAAAAACGUUUCGUUUCAUUGAUGAACUCCAGAAAGCCCAGAAAGUUUCACUUGAUGAUUUUCGAGUUUUUGUUUGCAAUCCUGCACAUAUGAUUGUGCAUUAUGAUCACCAUGAGAUACGUCACUCUAAUUCAACCAUGGAUAUAUGUGCAAUUAUUAGUCAAAAUAAGUACCUCCACUGGCUUCAUGAUGAUUUGUUAGAAGAAAUAAUUGAAGAGUAUGGUGAUUCCGAUCUAAAGGGGCAGUUGGAAUCUUUUUCACAAGGAAAUAGAGCAGUUUGAACAGCAAACAGAUCUGGAUGACGUCAAGAACAUAUUAUUCACACCUUCGUGCCCCACUUCCUCUUUUAUUAAAGUGCCUCUUCCAGAUGAGGUUGAAAAGAAGACCAUGAAGACAGUGCGAGAUGUCAAAAAUGGACUUAAACAAACAAAUGGCUUUCGCAGUCCUUUACACCACGUUGGGAAAAGUUCUCCCUUUUGCUUAUAUUUUAUAAUCCCACCACUACUUGUCCCACCUGUGUUUAUAAAAGAGCUGAGUGCAAUUACUCCAAAUACAAUUGAAGACCGUGUUGUAUUGAUAUCCACCAAGGAAUGGGUUCAUCAACUGCUAAACAUACCUGUAAGUACACUGCAUCAACAAUUAUAUUGCACUUUACUCAAUGUUUAGCCGCCACAUCACAGAUCUGAAGCAACCUUAGCACUACCUCCCACUGCUGAAAAUUUCAAACCUGCAAGCACUUCAAAGGGACUUGGAAUUGAAGAUGAUGAUGAAAAUAUUGUUACAGUAUUUGAAAUCCCACACAUAUAUUAUCCACUCUGAUUCUGAUGAGGAAUCUGACUUGGAUAUUCUUGUUGAAGAGUCCGAGUUGAUCAUAGAAAAGGUGACUCCCCCUGCUAAAAAGAGAAAAACGAUGCUAAACAAAAAAAGGAGCAAAAUGAUGAAGCAAAAGGCUAGAAAGAAGUAUGCUAAAAACACACGAAGACAAAUAUAUUAAUGAUUGUGCCACAACUAUAAACUUUGCUGAAUUAUCAAAAUAAUGUUGCCCAUGCGCCAAGUUACGAGUGGGUCUGGCGU